AUGGCAGGAAAAAAUAACGAUAGGGACAUAAUAAGCUGUGCUGAGGCUGUACAUAGUGGUCAGACUUUGCUGGUUGAAGUUACUGUUUCAGAGGCUGGCGAGCUGCGAACAGGAAGCGGGAUAGCUGGUAGGUACAGCGAACUCACCUUCCUAUUUGGGGACUUCCUUGCCCAGAGGCUGGUACCUGCUGGGGAACGCGGGGAGUCUGCCACCCAACAGCCCUCUUGCCAUACAGCCCAGCAACUUGCAGGUGACGACGGCAACAAAGCCGGUAAAACAGAACACUGGAGACAGAUGUUUGAGGUGAACGAGCUUAGCCUGGCCAUCUGCAGCAGGGAGGCGGUCGAGGACAUCAUGAGGAGGGGCUUCGACGACGGCUUCAUCAUCCACAUCAGCAGGUAG